AGGUCUUCCUUUGCCGUUGGUUCACCCUCCAAUGGCCGCCGCGGCCGGUGCGCUGCGGCCGGCGCACCGCGCUGAUCCGAUGGCAGGAGCCAGAAGCCAGGUGCUUUUCCUGGUCUCCCAUGGGGUGCAGGGCCCAAGCACCUGGGCCAUCCUCCACUGCACUCCCUGGCCACAGCAGAGGGCUGGCCUGGAAGAGGGGCAACCAGGACAGAAUCCGGCGCCCCAACCGGGACUAGAACCUGGUGUGCCGGCGCCGCUAGGCGGAGGAUUAGCCUAGUGAGCCGCGGCGCCGGCCGAAAAACCUUAAUUCUUAGCUCUUUGGAGUAGCAAACAUGAUAUAGGAUAGGACAGCAUGGGUAAACUCAUGUAUUUAUGGAUUUCAUGUAGAUAUCAUGUUUUUUCUCAUACCUUAUAUGUCAUAUCAAUGGCUAUUAGAUUUGAAUAUUGCUGUAUUAUCCAGUGAGACUAUUUUAAAGUUGAUGUCAGGAUAUUGGUCUUAUUAUUUAUUCUGUAGUAGUUUAUAUACUCAACACAUCUUGAAGGCAUACAUGAAAUUUAUUGUGGGCUAAGCAUUUAAAGGAUAACCUAAAGCAUACUACCUAAAACCAUUAUUAGUUUUAUGAAUCUAUUCUAAACUACUUACCUGAAUACUGUAGCAUGUACUUUUCAAGGGAAACUGUUAAUGAAUGACUGUGUUGUUUUUUUUUUAAUUCUUCUUGAAAAGCACUAUUAGGUGAACUUACAGACCAAUAAUGUUUUGUUUUGUUUUGUUUUGUUUUGUUUUGUUUUGUUUUUGACAGGCAGAGUUAGAUAGUGAGAGAGAGACAGAGAGAAAGGUCUUCUUUUUUCCGUUGGUUCAUCCCCCAAGUGGCCGCUACGGCCAGCGCGCUGCACCGAUCCGAAGCCAGGAGCCAGGUGCUUCCUCCUGGUCUCCCAUGCAGGUGCAGGCCCAAACACCUGGGCCAUCCUCCACUGCCUUCCUGGGCCACAGCAGAGGGUUGGACUGGAAGAGGAGCAACUGGAACAGAAUCGGCGCCCCAACUGGGACUAGAACCCAGGGUGCUGGUGCCACAGGUGGAGGAUUAGCCUAGUGAGCCGCGGUAGUGAGCCACGGCGCUGGCCAUGGACCAAUAAUUUUUAAAAUAAGGAAUGGAAACAAAUAGAAUUGGAAUAUGAUAAAAAUAAAUGAGGCUUCUUGGCUUGCUUAUUUAUUUUUGGUGAGUAUAGGCCAAAGUUUUCAAUUGUAGGCUUCACUUGAUUAAGAACAUUGCAUAUUAUUCUUUUGGCAAAGCAGAAUUUGUUUCAUUACGUUGUUGGCUAUAAGGGCACCCAGAAACUCUUUUCUUUGCUUCUGAAAUGUUCUUUGUUUGCUGGUGGCUUUGUUUCCCUGACUGCAUUUCCAGUUCCUUGGUAGCAGGGAUUGUGUCUUAUUGAAAUUGUUUGCUUAUAGUACCUAUUUAGUAAGUAAAUAAGUGAAUGAGUUACUAUUAAAAAUAGUAAUGGGUAUGCAGUUAACUUCUAGAUUUUUCUUAUUAUGGUUCUACCUCUUGCUUUCUUUUUCUUCUUCAGUUCUUAAAAAGGGAAAGUGGUACUUGUCAACUGUGUACUUCAUGAGGGAGUGAUAUAACAGAUACAAGAUUCCCAUGUUUGUGUCAUGUGGCAGCAAAUGUAAUACGGAGGCAAAUAUCACCAGAUAUGAGGGAGCAAUGCCCUAAGCCUUUCAAUUUAUAGGCAACCCAGGACAUUAUGCACACUAUUAGCACUAAGUUGAAUACAACCCUGAGACUCCAUGUGCCCUGAGGAAGCAGAUAUCCAAAGUGAUCAGAUACUCAGAUUCAGAAAAGGAGUAUGAUUUACGUCAUACUUGCAAAGUGCUUUUUGUUACAGGAGAUAGGACCCCCUACUUUUGUCUCUUGGUAAAAGCCGGGACUUUAAUUUUUUGUUGUUGUUAAACUAAGGCUUUGGCGAAAGUCCAUCUAUCUGUGUCAAGUGGAGUGUUAUGCAGCUCACAUUUUUGGUUCACUAGGAUGAAGGCAGGAUUUUAUCCUACCUAUAAAGCCAAAAUGCUUACUGAGAAGUGAUAAGGAAGGGGUGAACCCAUUUUCCAUCCAUGGCUGCAGGUUGAAAGUACUAUAAAUAGUUCAGUGCACAGAGCAACAGAUACACUUUCAGAAGCAAGAGUCCUGGAGGUCAUACAAAAAGUGGAAAAGAGAUCCAACAAGAAUACUAAUAUAACAUCUAUAAAGUUAAAUGUAUAAGGAUAUUCAUUGUACUUCAUAGGAAAGAAAAAGAAAAAGUAAGGAAAUACCCAAAUGUUCAGUAAAAGGGGAAUGAGUCAUAUAGUCAUCUACUUCUAUCCAUUAAAAACUGUAUGUAGGCACUUAAAAGAAUGAUGUAGAUAUGUGUGAACUGACAAUGAAUAGUAGAAAGUAGGAAGAUAACCAAAACCUGUAGCAGUAGGAGUGUCUAAUGUGGUGGCAAGAAGGCCUUUUCCAGUUUUGCAUUGUGUGGUUCUGUAUUACUUGAAUGUCCCACAGUGAACAUUUACAAGAUGAUCAAUUUUGAACAAUUCUCUCCUCCUGGUACAUGGAGAAAACUUUACUUGCUAACCCUCUGUACAUACAGUGUAAGCACAGUCUGGAACCUGACAUAUUGACAGAAAGGAAGGAGAGGAAAGUGACUUGAGCAAGCACAUCUGUUCUGUUAGCUGAUGUGCCAUAAUUUGUAAACAUAAUAUAUUCCUAUUUGCCUUAUUUUUAUGUUCUUUGAAGCAUGAAAGCUAAAGAGCAGGUUGAUUUAAAAAAAAAAAAUUCAAAGCUUCAUUUUCAUGUACUUGAAAGGCAGAUGGAGAGAGAACUCUUUCAUGGCUGGUUCACUCCCCAAAUGGCUGCAACAGCCAAAGCUGGGCCAGGCUGAAGGCAGGAGCCCAGAACUCUGGGUCUCUCACAUGAGUGGCAGGGAACCCAAGCACUUGAGCCAUGGAUUCUUUCUGAGAGGGAAAAACAAUUCUCAUUUAAACAUGAAGCUCUCCGUUGGUCAGUUGGUUAUGUCCUUGAAAGUAGAGGUCAGCGUCCUGAAUCAAACUGUGCCUUCAGCUAGCAUUGUGACCUCAAAUUGAGUCAUUUAAUCACUAAUCUCUCCGUUUCCCCACCUGUAAAAUUGGUAAUAAUAGUUCUUACCACCGCAUUCCUGGGUGGGGUGUUGUGAAGCUUAAUAAGAUCAUGUUUGCAAAAUGCUUUGAGCUCCUUAGGUAUAAGAAGCAGUAUAAACACAAAGUCUCAUUAAGGUAAUUACACAGGUAUUUUUCAUAGUUCAAGUUUAUAUCCAAGGCAAAAAUGUAGUCAUGGAGGUCAUUUUAUGGGAACAGGGUAGGAGAUUGGCAUUCAAAACCUGAAAAUGACAUUCAAAACACAUUUUGAAAAAUAGAGUGGAAACAUUGGUUUGUAGACUAGGAGAACCUAGUUUGGAGAGAUGAUUAAAAAAUGAAAAUAAAAAUAAAUCGUUAAGUUCCAUCUUGAACUGAAAACGCCUUUUCUAAAGCAACAUGAUCACCUCUGUCCCCUGAAAGAGAAAGAAAAAGGAAGCUCUUCACAAACAGUGUUGGUUUUCACAAAACGUUUCACCAUUAAUAUGACUGUGAAGCGGUGAAACCUGUCUGGCCCACUGUGCGUACAGAAGGUUGACUCAUUAAUGCUUGGCAGAGCCUCUUCCCAGGUGGCACUGUACCAGAAAUUCUGGUGAUGGAGCCGGGGAAGCACAUCCUCUACACAGUUCCUUCUUCUUAGGCCAUCCUGAAAACCCAUCAUGUUUACUGCAGGCUCUCCACCCUUUGGCACCAUGGGUGCACGCUACCACUAUAAUCCAAGAUAUGCACAGUCAGUUUCAGCUCCCAAGAUUUGGAAGUGUCGACACAGGAGGUCAGUAACCCCAGAGGAAGGUACCUCUGCUGAUGGCUUGCCCUGGGACUGCUUCAGUGAACAGACAACAAAAGACCUUCCCAACAGGGAUGGAAGUGCAUGGGUCUUGGGCUAUAGAACAGGACCAGCCUGUCCAUUUCUGCUCCAUGAGGAAAGAGAGAAGCCAAACAGAAGUGAAUUGUACUUGGAUCUCCAUUCUGACCAGAGCCCCACAGAGCAGGAUGAUAGGACUCCUGGCAGACUCCAAGCUGUCUGGCCACCCCCGAAGACAAAAGAUGCAGAAGAAAAAGUGGGAUUGAAGUACACUGAAGCAGAAUACCAAGCAGCCAUUUUACACUUGAAGAGGGAGCACAAAGAAGAAAUUGAAAACCUACAGGCCAAGUUUGAACUUGAGGCAUUUCAUAUCCGAGGCGAGCAUGCAGUGAUAACAACAAGGCUAGAAGAAACCAUAGAAAAUCUCAAACAGGAGUUAGAACACCGAUGGCGAGGAGGAUGUGAAGAGAUGAGAGAUGUGUGCAUCUCCACCGAUGAUGACUGCCCUCCCAAGACCUACAGGAAUGUAUGCAUCCAGACAGACAGGGAGACCUUCCUCAAGCCCUGUGAGGGUGAAAGCAAGACAACAAGAAGUAACCCAGUAAUACCCAAGAAGUUGAACAUCACCUCUUUAACCCAACUGUCUCCCCCAAGUGACAGCAAAGACAUCCAUGCACCACUUCAGUCUGUGGAAGGCAUCUCAUCAAACCAGCAGAAGACAUCCACUCCCCCUCCUGCACCACCCCUCCCAGCACCACCCAUCCCUCCACCUCCUCCCCUGCUGCCUAGCCUUGAUCCUUUGCCACCAGCACAUCCGUCACCACCUGUGAGUGCUGGGCCCCCACCACCACCACCACCACCACCUCCUCCUCCGCCACCACCUCCUCCGCCACCCCUACCACCUGCUCUGCCUCCAAGUGCUGGACCUCCUCCACCUCCUCCCCCACCACCACUUCCUAACUCCCCUGCUCUGACGAAUAAUGAGGGGCCUCCUCCUGCUCCAGCACCCCCAGGACUUGUACCUCCACCCCCUCCUGGACUCUUCUUUGGACUCACCUCUUCUUCCAGCCAGAGUCCUCGAAAACCAGCCAUUGAGCCCAGUUGUCCCAUGAAACCUUUGUAUUGGACUAGAAUACAAAUAAGUGAUAGGAGCCAAAAUGCUACACCAACCUUAUGGGAUUCCUUAGAAGAGCCUGACAUUCGGGACACUAGCGAAUUUGAGUAUUUGUUCUCUAAAGAUGCAACUCAGCAGAAGAAAAAACCUCUGUCAGAGACCUAUGAGAAAAAAAACAAAGUCAAAAAGAUUAUCAAGUUAUUGGAUGGCAAGCGAUCUCAAACUGUGGGAAUCUUGAUAUCCAGUUUGCACUUAGAAAUGAAGGAUAUCCAGCACGCCAUUUUCAAUGUGGAUGACUCUGUGGUUGACCUGGAGACCCUGGCGGCUUUAUAUGAAAAUAGAGCCCAAGAGGAUGAAUUGGUUAAAAUAAGAAAGUAUUAUGAGACAUCUAAAGAAGAAGAAUUGAAGCUGCUGGAUAAACCUGAACAAUUUUUACAUGAAUUAGCGCAGAUUCCUAAUUUUGCUGAACGUGCCCAGUGCAUAAUCUUCCGAUCUGUCUUUUCUGAGGGUAUAACUUCCUUGCAUCGAAAGGUAGAGAUCAUCACUCGAGCUUCUAAGGGCUUGCUGCACAUGAAGAGCGUGAAGGAUAUUUUAGCUCUCAUUCUGGCUUUUGGAAAUUAUAUGAAUGGAGGAAAUAGAACUCGAGGUCAAGCAGAUGGAUAUAGCUUAGAAAUUCUGCCCAAACUCAAGGACGUCAAAAGUCGGGAUAAUGGGAUUAAUCUGGUGGACUACGUUGUGAAGUAUUACCUGCGGUAUUAUGAUCAGGAAGCUGGAACGGAAAAGAGUGUUUUCCCCCUGCCUGAACCACAAGAUUUUUUUCUAGCUUCCCAAGUCAAGUUUGAAGACCUCAUAAAAGAUUUGAGAAAAUUAAAGAGGCAACUAGAAGCCAGUGAGAAACAGAUGAUGGUGGUGUGCAAGGAGUCUCCCAAGGAGUAUCUGCAGCCUUUCAAGGACAAACUAGAAGAAUUCUUCCACAGAGCUAAAAAGGAGCAUAAAAUGGAAGAAACUCACUUGGAGAAUGCACAGAAAAGUUUUGAAACAACAGUAGGAUAUUUUGGGAUGAAGCCCAAGUCUGGUGAGAAGGAGAUCACCCCCAGCUACGUGUUUAUGGUGUGGUAUGAGUUCUGCAGUGACUUCAAGACAAUUUGGAAACGGGAGAGUAAAAACAUAUCAAAAGAAAGACUGAAAAUGGCUCAGGCAUCUGUCAGCAAGUUGACAUCGGAGAAGAAAGUGGAGACAAAGAAAAUCAACCCCACUGCUAGUCUGAAAGAAAGGCUGCGCCAGAAGGAAGCCAGUGUGACCACCAACUAAAGUGGGGACGCGCAAGACACAGUAACAGUGGAGAUGUACCUUGUGUGCUCCUUUCUGACCCUAGUGCUGAGGGAGUUCCUGGAAGAUAUGCUACUAAAUGUGUGUUUUGCUCAUGUCUUUCUGAGGUCCUCUGCACAGAGCGCCCUGUGCCUUCCUAUGAAGUCCCUUAUGAAGCCACAAAAACAAUGAAAAGCUACUUAAGGGAACAUUUCAGGUGUAUUUGAUAAUUGUUACUUGUAGCAGUCUAAAGUCCACUCCCUUAUAAGACCUGAAGACAUACUAAAAUUUUCUAAAUGUUUUUAAAAGCUGAGAAUUCAAGCUGUCAAACUCAAGAUUCAUACAUGUAACCUUGUCCCAAAACAGGAGAAAGAUCUUUUCUGACAGUUGCCUUGACAUAAUUUAAGCUCCAUCUUUACACACUUCUCUUUUGAUUAUUGGUCUGCAGCAUUUUUCUCACCAAUAAUGUUGAAAUUUAUCCACCCUGUUUUUGAAGAGGUGCAAGACUAUGUAUUCCCAGACUAGGGAGCUGAUUUGUUGUCUAUGCAGCAGGAAGGAGAGAAAACAGCAUUAUACAUGGGUGGAAAGGGAAUAAAUCAGUGUAAACUUCAUCCUGGAAAACAAAUUAUAAUACAGGGCAUUGGCUUCAAGCCAUUACAAGCCAUUAGGCAAGGCUCCUUCAGUUGUUAUAUCUGCUCUUUUUGGUUUCCUGGGUCAGCCGAGGUUCAGCACCCCAGGUCCUGGAAGAAACUGUACAACUUGAGGAGGGACAGCUUUGGGGUCAAAGCACCUGCUUGGACAAGCCACCCACAUUUGGGAACACUUGUGAACAAGUGACAAUAUGUUGACAGACAGUCACAUUCUACAUCACGGGCUGCAACUGUGUGCUAGUUUCCAGACAGAAGAGCAAAUACUCCUCGCAGCCUUUUAUCAUGACCUUGGCUGACAGGCAAGUGAAGUCGGGUAAAGCAGGGAUCUUUGAUGUCAAAAAAAAAAUGCAGAAGAAAAGUUCUUUUCAUCAAAAUGAAAGCAAGAUGAUUAUAUUACUAAUAAACUUUGCGAGGAAUAUCAUGUAUAGAUGGCUUUCUCUGACCCUGGCCCUUGAAUCUUAGAACGAACCCCUUUGGGCCUCUCUCUGACAUUUUUUCUUUUAAGCCACUACUCUUUGAAUCUGUCUUUUGAGGGGGAAGAAAGAGGACUAGGGAAGAAUUGGGAAUAAAACCAAUGACUGUCAUUUCUAGACCUUGAAGGAAGAAAGGCCCAAGCUCACCCUUCCAACUGUGGGACAGUCUAGAGGUGAGCAAGAAUCAUCUUAAGUGUCCCUGUGUGCCAUGUGUGGCCUGCCCUUUGCCCCAGCAUCCCCUUUGCCCUAGCAUCUUUCCAGAACUUCUGAACUUGGCAGCUGCCCGCGUGUCUGCCCAGAAUGUGCCUGCCUGUCAUCAGCCACCUCAGGGACACUCCCAUGAUAGAUUCCGCUAACAAAGGCAGUGCUGCAUCCUCACGUUAACACCAGCCUCGGGAAUCAAGAAUGCGUGGUGAGGAUCAAAUCAAGUCACAGAAGCCAUAACCAUGCAGGUGCUAAUGGCCUUUCCUAGUGGUUCUGAAGAAAGGAAAAUGGCAACUUGGUUGGAUUUUGCAAUUCAAAGUGAAGGACUGAGACAAGCAAAUUAGAAAAGGAACUUAUCAUGAUUAAGAAGGCUUGAAGCUGUGGGUGAGCAACAAAGCUUUUCAAACUGCUUUCUUAUUUGGUUUGUCUUCAUUUUCAUUUCACUGUGAAGAAAGCCAAGGGAACUCAUCACUUUAAAACAGAUUCCACUUAGAGCCAUCCUGUGCUCUGUGAUGUUCCUUCUAAUCCCGUCAUAGAGAAGAAAAGUGGCAGUUUUGCCCAUGCCGUGGAAAUCAGCUCUGGGUUCAGUGAGGCCUACAUAAGACCAGGUCGCUAUGAAUCCCUAUAGACUUGAAGGAAGGGAGCAGGAGGCGAUUUUCAGCGGUGCCACUGUGGCCCGCUUCAGGUCUCAAAGUAGGAGACCCAUGGGAAAAUCCCUGAAGGUAGGCAGGACUGGCGCUGUGGACACAUAGCUUUUCAAGGCACCCUCUUAAGGGACAGUGCUGAAGAGUAAUGAAUGAAAGCGUUUGAGAGGGAGAUAAAUGGAGCAUACGUUGGAUUUCAGCAGAGUGAACACUAAAAUGCAUGGAAGAAUACCUGUUUCCCAAGAGCAAGAAUUGCCUCUAUUGGGGAAACCUAGUGAUUUUCUAAUGAAUGCCAGUCAGGUGUGUCACAUCAGUGUUUUAAGGCGCUAUGGUAAAAUCUCCAACAUUCUCUCCUAGUUUGAAGCCUGCAUUAUUUCUCUUGGCUACCCACUCCCAGUACACCACAGUGAUGUCACGACCCUUAUUUUCAACUUAAGUUGAUAUUCAGUAAAGGUUAAAGGGAGUUUGUUCACAGUAGUCCCUCUAAAACAAUGUGGAGGUGUUUAAAAUGAUCCCUCUACAAUGCAUCUGAGGGUGCAUUAAAUGGAACAGGUAUGCUAAAGCUUGUCAGGGUAUAAAGUUCUGGAAUAGUACUUAGCAACUUGAGCACUGGAGGUAAGCUGGGUUCAAGUAGCUGUUCUAGGCAUAACUCUCCCUGAGCUAGAAAGAAGAGUGGCCAGGAUUUGCUCUCCUGUGUUUAAUCAGACACUUACACCUAACUUACUACUAAGACCAGAAGAAAACUUGAAUUUACAAACAGCUCUGUCUCUUACCCACCAAGAUUCCCCAAAUCUGAGGACACAGUUUGAUGGCAUUUCAGAUUUUUUUCAUGAGCAAUGGAAUAAUUCUUGAGCACACAUUGAUAUCAUAUAUUACAUUAAAACAUUAUGUAAAAAGCAUCAGACCUAUGAGUUGUCAAAAAGAUCAGGAAGUGUACUAUUUGGAUUUUUACAUGAGAAGAGGCAGUUACUUGGAAAAGAAGUGAGAAAAGUAUGGCCAAGCAGAAGAGGACAUAUGUGAUGGUGGAGAUUUGGGGGCCACAGCUGAUGGUCUUGCUGCCCUGCCUUUUGAAUCCUUAAGUUGCUUUCUGUGAUGUAUUUUCACACACUCAAUGCAACUAUCUAUGAAUUAUGGAGACAGAAUUUCUAAAA